CCUCUCACACGUCUUCGGCGCCUCCUCCCUUCACGAGAACUUGGAAUCUCUCUAGCACUACUUUGGAAUCCAAACAGAGAACAAUGGGGGAAGAGAAGAAGCCUCAAUCAGCUGGUGUUUGGCCUACCGUUAAGCCUUUCGUUAAUGGUGGUGCCUCAGGGAUGCUUGCCACCUGUGUCAUUCAACCCAUCGAUAUGAUUAAGGUCAGGAUUCAAUUGGGUCAGGGUUCAGCGGCUCAGGUGACGAAGACCAUGCUAAAGGAGGAAGGUUUCGGUGCCUUCUAUAAAGGGCUGUCGGCUGGACUACUCAGGCAAGCUACAUAUACAACUGCCCGACUUGGUUCAUUCAAGAUUUUGACCAAUAAAGCAAUUGAAGCCAAUGAUGGGAAGCCCCUUCCACUAUAUCAGAAGGCCUUGUGUGGGCUAACAGCUGGGGCUAUUGGAGCAUCCAUUGGCAGUCCAGCAGAUCUAGCACUUAUCCGCAUGCAGGCUGAUGCCACUUUGCCUGCUGCUCAGCGCCGAAAUUACACAAAUGCCUUCCAUGCCCUUUAUCGCAUUGUUGGGGAUGAAGGAGUUUUGGCACUUUGGAAAGGUGCAGGCCCUACUGUCGUGAGAGCAAUGGCAUUGAACAUGGGGAUGCUUGCUUCUUAUGAUCAAAGUGUUGAGUUUUUCAGGGAUUCACUUGGUUUUGGCGAAGCUGCCACAGUGCUAGGUGCAAGUUCUGUGUCAGGGUUCUUUGCUUCAGCCUGUAGUCUUCCAUUUGAUUAUGUUAAAACUCAAAUUCAGAAAAUGCAACCUGAUGCUGAGGGAAAGUAUCCAUACACUGGUUCUUUAGACUGUGCCAUCAAGACUCUCAAGUCUGGAGGACCAUUCAAAUUCUACACAGGAUUCCCUGUCUAUUGUGUUAGAAUUGCUCCUCAUGUCAUGAUGACAUGGAUAUUCCUGAACCAGAUCCAAAAGCUCGAGAAAUCCGUGGGGUUGUAAUCAUCAGCAUGCGAGGAUUUUCAGUUUACUACAGCUAUUAAAUAAAGAUACUUUGCCUGUUUUUAACUUUUGGCUGGCCUUGGUGGUGCUGUUUACACCCCUUUCAAGUCCAACCAAAUUAUUUCAAAAUUUUUGCAGUGCAAUUGAGGUAGGAUGGUUACAAUUUCAUUUAACUUAUUAUUUUUAGGUUGGACUUAUGGAUUUUUUAGUUGAAAGAAGAGGUUCUCAUGGAAAAAUGCUCUCGAAGAGAAAAUUGAAAGCGAAAUAAGUUUUUGUACUUGCUGAUACAAAAGUUAUUUUACAUUAGUUUCUGUUCCUGAAAUGAAAGUUGUCAUUCUUUCUUGGCUUUUGCA